AUGGUGGUCAUGAGUUCAUUACAGUGGGUUUCUGUCACUGCAGUGUCCCCUCUCUCUGGCCACUGUCUCGGCACUCAGCUUGGAUUCAGGGGCUUCCUCACCCAUGGCUUUCUGAAGACUGCAGCUCAGUGCGACACACUUGAGUUAGCAGAAAUUCCAGAAGGCCAAAUCCUGGAACACUGGGAAUGUUUCAAGCAUCCUAUAUCAAGAUGGAUUUCCAGAACUUUCUUCGAUGGCCCUGAAAAGAAUUAUGAAAAGACAAUGGCUAUUCUUCAAAUUGAAGCUGAAAAGUCUGAUUUAUGGUUAAAGUAACUGGAAGUACCAAGGUAGUUAAUGCAUCCCAGAGGCGAUGGUCCCUUGUAUCAGUAUCCUUCCAUUGAUAAGGCGCUGAUUGAUCAUUCUCCAAAAGCAACUCCCAACAUCGAAUCUCUUAUUUAUCUAAAUACAAACAUUGGUUCAGAUUAA